AUGCCAAGACGUCGCAAACUUCCUGUUACAGAUAAGGAAAAUGAAAAGCACGAUGAAAGUGAGAAAAUGAAUCACAGUGACUUUAUGGAUGCAUUUAGCCGAUGUUUGUCUUUGUUUCUUAUACGUGAAGGAAUAAACGAAAAUGUACCACGAAUGUUUAAAUUUUUUGGAAUGUUCAUUGCAAGAUUCGACGAGAAAUACGAUGAACAUGGAGGAACUCACAUACUUAUUGCAAAUACUUUCAAACACAUCUUGUCGAUUACAUCAAAAGAUAGUCAAAUUCGAGCUCGAAUUUGUUUAUUAGUGGCAAGCAUUAUGAAUUCAUUUUCUCAAACUGCUGAGCUUGAUGAUGGCAUCAUGGAAGCAAUAGUUGAUCGAAUGUUAACAACUUUUAUAAGAGACGUUGCUCCAAUUGUUCGUCAAAAUGCUCUUAUGGCGUUACAACGUUUACAGGACCCAGAAAACCCCGAUGAUCAAGUGACAAAAGCUUAUAUCUAUCACAUGGAGUCAGAUCAAGCAUCGAAAGUGAGACAAACAGCAAUAACUAUGAUUGCAAAAAAGCUUCCAGUUUUUCCUCACAUCUUUGAACGAUUCCAAGAUAUUGACGAGAAAGUUCGGCGUCACACAUAUUUGCAAAUGUCCAGUUUUCCUGUUAAAUCUUAUAAGAUUGCUGAUCGAAUCAAAAUUUUAACAGCAGGUCUUAAUGAUCGUUCUGAAAUGGUAAAGAAAACUGUUCACAACAUUCUCCUCCCUAACUGGAUUGCUUCAUACAACGACAAUUACGCUGAAUUUGCAAAAGCUCUUAAAUUUGAUUCAAAUGACGACGAAUUGUUAAAAUUCCGAGUUUUAGCGGAAGACGCUUUGGCGGUUGUAUUUACGAAAAAGAAAGUUUCUGAUCUUGUCAACUUUUUGGAUCUUCAAACUGGUGAAACUGCUCACCGAAAUUGCUUGUCAAUUGAGAAAAGCAACAGUCUUGAAUGGUUGAUAAUCUGGAAAAUGAUCUUGGAAUUCCAUCAAGAUUAUAUCGAGAAAUCAUCUAAUCAUCAAGAAAAAGAAGACGAUGGAAAAGAAUCAUCUGAUAACAUCGGUUGCAAAAAGCUUCAAGAGUUAUUAAAGAAAAUUCUUAUGGAACAUGAAGUUUCUGAAGUUACCAUUAAAAAAAUCACAAACAUCAUGGAAUUAAUUGUACCAUCUGUUGAUACACGUCUUACACUAUUCAAUAACAUCAUCAUUGAUAUGAUGAAUCUUGGACAGCAAAAUGAGAUUGGACGUCAAGAAAUCAUCGAGCAAUUGAUUAGUAAAGCGGACAUCAACACGCAAGUUAAAGCCAAUAGUUUGAAAAUGGAAAUGAUGGAGUUGAAAGAACAAGAAAGAAAUUCUGUUGAGCGAAAACAAUACGCGGAUGCACAGAAAGCAUCUGAAUCGUACAUAAAAUUAAAGGAAAAGCUUCUUGAGCUUCUUCAUCCCAUCGCUGAGUCAUUAAACUCAUCACAAAUGCUUCUUGAAAGCUUGUCAUCGGUCAUCACAACAAAGACAGUGAAAGCUCCAGAAAUUCUGAAAAAUCUUCAAAUUAUUUACUUUGCUCUCAACUCAAAUGGGGUUCGAGCGUUGACACCGGGAAUAUUGAAGACUUACAAUGACUUUGUUCGUUACCAUCUCGAAUCAACUGAUACAAUGACUCGAAUUUGGGCUUUGAAUACAGCAACUGCUUGCAGUUUGCUUUAUGAGUCACUCAGUAAAGACGUUUAUGUCGUUCUCAAAGCACAAAUGUUUAAAAGCGACAAUGUUUUGUUAUGGGAAGCAUCGAUUCAUUGCAUUAUUGAUUUAAUUCUUCGGUACUCAAUGGAGAAGAUGGAAAAUUUCAAUGCUAAUAACGAGAAUAAUCUCAGCCAAGAAUCUCAUUCACGCAGUAAGAGAAGUGGACGAACAUUGUAUACAGACGAUGGUGAAGAGGCUGAAGAAAUUGAUCUUGUAACGUCAGUAGAGUUUGUGAAGAUGUUGACACAUGUAAUGGACAAUAAUGUUGAUCAUCGAAUUCAAAAGGCGACAAUUAUUGGUUUAUGUAAGUUAAUUCUUCAUGGUCAAUAUUGCACUCGUGACACGGUAUCGAAGUUGCUUCUUGCAUACUUCAAUCCAGCGACAGAAGCUGAAAUAAAUCAAAUUCUUGGAAUCUUCUUCGAAUCGAUAAUUAAAAGGAAGAAACAAGAAAUUCUUUAUGAGUCGUUAAUUCCAACUUUAAUAACGUUACUUGAAGCGCCAUACGACAGUCCAUUGCGUGAAAUUAAGCAGGAUGUUGUGUUGAAAUAUGUUAUCAGUGCUUCACGUCCAAUAUUUUGUAGUAAUGGGUUGAAUCUUCACAACACAAUUGGCUUAAAGUUAAUUGAAUUGAUGAAGGAAAAUCCUGAGAAUAAAGACAUUAUCAAAGUUAUUUCGAAAGAACUUCAAACGCUUGAAAUUAGUGAAGAUCAAUUGUUGCAAAGCGGUAUGGCAACACAACUUGAAUUGCUUCUGUCUUCUAUAUCAGUGGAUGCGAUAACAAAAAAGAAUCUUGCUGAUUUUCGCGACAUGCUCAAAGGAACUUACAAGGCACCAUUAAAGUUUUCUAGCACAGCUGCUACUGCUGCGUCAAACAUUGAUGAAGAUGCUGGCAUUUCUGAAGACGAAAAUGAAGAACCUGUUGAACUUCCUGAAGAAGAUGAAGACGAAGUCAUUCAAGAUGAAAAUGAAGAAGCUGUCGAACUUCCUGAUGAAGAUAGAGAAAAUAAUGUCAUUCCAGAUGAGGAUGAAGAAGGAAAAAAGGCAGCAGACUCAACAAAUCAUUCCAAUGUGUCUUCAAAAUCAGAAAGUCAACAAGAAUUGGAAAACGAUCUCCCUCAAGUGGAACAAGAAACAAGUGAAGUGCAACAGGAGUCUGUUAAUGAAUCCAAUAACAGUGUUGAACACGAUAACGUAACACGACAAGAUGAAAGUGAAGUUAAAGAAGAUUCUGUAAAUUAUUCCGAAAGCAGUGAUGAAGAGGCUGAAGAAACAGUCAAGACGAUUGUUCUUCCAGAAACUCCUGAAAUAUCAACACCAACGCGUUCAUCAAGACUUGCUUCGAAGCGUUUAUUAAACUCAGCAAAAUCAUUGAAUUCUUCAGUUUCAUCACCGAUUCAUAAAAUUCCUAGAAACGAAGACGUUUCAACUCCAAAAUCAAGAUUUUCUAUUUUAUCAGAGUCAAAAGUCUCGACCCCUAAAUCUGAUCGACAGACACGACAAAAAGCUAAAGAAGAUUCAAUACAACAAAUAGUUUUGACAAGAUCAGCUUCGAAGAAAAUUAAUGUAGAUCCGAUUGAAGUCACUUCAAAGUUUGCAGCAGCUGGAAGAUCGAAAUCAUCUUCGGCAACUUCUCGACAACAACCAUUAGCAACGAAACGACAAAUGUCAUCGAAAUUAUCUGCAUCAGCUUCGGCACUCAAUAAUGCUACAGCUAAUGCAAAUACUAAGAAAGUAACAAAAGCAAAAUCAUCAUCAUCAGCUAUUCCAAAACCAACCUUUAGACAAAACCCUAAUAAGAAGCCUUCAGCACCAAAGGAACGUCCGAGAUGGAAAUAA